CCCGGCAGUGCUGGUUGCAGUUCGCGGCUUAUACCCGGUUUACCUCGGCCGGAGAAAGGGUCGCAGGAGCGGUAGGCCAAGAGUUUGGGGUUGGGGUGCAGGGAGGGCCUCGGGUGUCGGGCGGGGUGUGAAGGGUGGGGGAGGGGGUGGGGACGCGAGGCAGCAACCGGGAGCACAGUGACAUGGCACAGUCCGACGAUGAGGAGGGAAUAGAGGUGGCGCCCGGGCACCCGCCUGCGAACGGAUACCUCCCGGUCCCUGGGGGCGCGCCAGCCGGAAAGACAAGCGCGGAGCCGCAGAAAGGGACCAAAGCCGGCUGCCUGGCCCUAAAUGGGGUCCCUCGGGACAGCCACGCGGCCGCCUCGGGAGCCCUGGGCAGGCCGCAGACUCACCUGGCCCCAGAAGAGGAGACCCAAGUUCGGCUGCUGCCCACGGGCGCCGGGGAGGAGACCCCAGGGCCCGAGGACACCCAGGUGCCCCGGACGGCGCUCUCGGCGCGGCGCUUUGUGGUGCUUCUGAUCUUCAGCUUGUACUCGCUGGUCAACUCGUUCCAAUGGAUCCAGUACAGCAUCAUCAGCAACGUCUUCGAGGGUUUCUACGGCGUCUCCUCGCUGCACAUCGACUGGCUGUCCAUGGUGUACAUGUUGGCCUACGUGCCCCUUAUCUUUCCGGCCACCUGGCUGCUGGACACCAGAGGUCUGCGGCUCACCGCCCUCCUGGGCUCCGGUCUCAACUGCCUGGGCGCCUGGGUCAAGUGCGGCAGUGUGCAGCAGCAUCUCUUCUGGGUCACAAUGCUGGGCCAGUCCCUGUGCUCUGUGGCCCAGGUCUUCAUCCUAGGCUUGCCCUCCCGCAUCGCCUCAGUGUGGUUUGGGCCCAAGGAGGUGUCCACAGCUUGUGCCACCGCCGUGCUAGGCAAUCAGCUUGGAACUGCAGUUGGCUUUUUGCUACCACCAGUUUUAGUGCCCAACACACAGAAUAACACAGAUCUUCUGGCUCAUAACAUCAGUACCAUGUUUUAUGGAACAUCAGCUGUCGCCACACUUUUAUUUAUUUUAACAAUAAUUGCAUUCAAAGAAAAGCCUCAGUAUCCGCCCAGUCAGGCCCGGGCAGCUCUUCAGGACAGUCCCCCUGAGGAGUACUCCUAUAAGAAAUCAAUAUGGAACCUAUUUAAAAACAUUCCUUUUGUCCUUUUGUUGAUCACUUAUGGUAUCAUGACUGGAGUAUUUUAUUCAGUUUCAACAUUAUUAAAUCAAAUAAUACUGACAUAUUAUGAGGGAGAAGAAGUGAAUGCUGGAAGGAUUGGGCUAACACUGGUAGUAGCUGGAAUGGUGGGUUCCAUUCUUUGUGGCUUGUGGCUGGAUUAUACCAAAACGUACAAACAGACUACUCUGAUAGUAUACAUUUUGUCUUUUUUUGGAAUGGUUAUAUUUACUUUCACACUGGACCUUGGAUACAUUUUCAUCGUGUUUAUUACUGGAGGGGUGCUUGGUUUCUUCAUGACUGGUUACCUCCCCUUGGGUUUUGAAUUUGCUGUUGAAAUCACUUACCCCGAAUCUGAAGGUACUUCAUCUGGUCUUCUUAAUGCUGCUGCACAGAUAUUUGGAAUUUUGUUCACGUUGGCUCAAGGAAAGCUCACAUCAGAGUAUGGUCCAAAGGCAGGAAACAUUUUCCUCUGUGUUUGGAUGUUUGUAGGCAUCAUUUUAACAGCAUUAAUCAAGUCUGAUCUGAGAAGACACAAUAUAAAUAUAGGACUUGCAAAUGGCAAUAUUAAAGCUGUACCAGUUGAUAGCCCGACAGAUCAAGAAUCAAAAACUGAUAUGAUGUCAAAACAGUCAGAAUCAGCAAUUUGAGGUGAAAGGAAAAGUUAAUAUCAUGACAAUUGAGCAGUGAGGUUUGGUUUAUAGGUUAUAGGGGAUGGACACUCACUUGAAAGUUAUUGUAUGACCUCUACAUGCACUUACGGUUUUGCUUACUUGUGAAUUUCAGCAAUAUUUUGCUUGAAAUACUUUUACUUACCUCAUUUUAACACUACCAUUUAUCUAAUAAGUGUCCCAUUUUUAGUCUUAUAUUGUUGAUCUGAAAGUAAUCUUCUUGACAUUUAUUUUCAAAAGUGUUCUUUUUUGUAGAAAAUAGAAGCUUUGGAAGCUUUCUAAAAUGAUAAUGUGGAGGUCUAAUCACUUAAGUCACGUAAGAGUACAUGCAGUUUACAUGUACAUAUCCCGUAGAACCAAGUGUACGAUCUAUUGCUAUUUGGCUCCCUUUCGUUUGUUCUGACCAGCUGUGCAAGCCCCUCAGUGUGAGUGCAAUGACACUACUAAGCCACCCAAGGACACUGUGGGACGAGGCUCCCAGAGACUGCCAUGGUUUUCCUAAUAUAUUCUUGUUACAAAGUGCUUUGUAACAGGUACUGUCAAUGGCCAUGAAAACAAUUCUGUGGAAAGUCUGAAUCCAGGCCUUUGGUUUUAGACUUAUGUUCUAACUAAGCUAUGGAGCUAGACACAGUCUCAUUGUCUUGAGUUCUUCUCUGAGCUGCCUUCCUAUCAUGGUAUAAAUGGUAACACUAUAUAUUUUUUCAUGCCCAUUUAAAUAGCUUUGUACCCAUUCACUUUUUUACUUGCUCUUUUUUUCCCCCCAAUAUAUAACUUUCAAGUAAGAAAAUUUCAUCCUAUGUGUUACUACUGGCUUUUCCAUGAUUUCUUGGAUAGUCACAUCUUAUACUUUUGCCUUGAAGAUAAGGAAAUCUGAGCUCGGCCCAAGUGUUCCCAUUUAGUGGAGACCUCUUAAAAUGCUGUCUGUUCUAAUUCUCUACUGUCAUUUUUUUACGACCAUUCUCCUUUGAGAAAUACUGGCCCAAGUAUGUGCUCCCUCGGUUUGUUGAGGGAAUGGAUUCUUGUUUUCACCACAGAGUGGACAUACUUUAGGAACAGUCACUUUCACAUGCUCAGGGUAAGGAGAAGAGGACCAAAUGUAUUUCCACAGUGCCUACCACUGCAUUUUGUUUACAGUGAGAAUUUAACUGUUGUUCCCAUUCAGACUCUCUAAACUGAUAAGGGGAUAGGUUCAGAGUAACGCUAUUUAAAUAGCCAUGAUAUUUACGUUAUAUCCAUAUAAACAAAAAGAAGCUUGGUCUUCUUGCAGUGAGCUAGCAGUUCUGAUUUGGGCAUAGUACCUGCCUUGCUUUCUUCUGAAAUGAUAACAUUGUCUGUAAUCAACCGAGAGUAAAUUAUGUAGCAUCUUACCUAGGAGAAUGUGUCACCAGAACAACUUAGCUGGGAAUCAGGAAGUCCAGGUCUGUGUCCUGGAUCCAUUUCUAAGCUGUCCUGAAACUUUCUGGGCAACAUCUUCUUCAUCCAUAUCACGAAUGUGUUCAAUUGGAUCCCAAGUACUGUUCUGAAUUUGAAGUUCUGCUCAUCGUGGGGCAUACUGAAUCCUUGAACACAGGACCUGGACUACAAUUAGAGAAAUUCCCGGAUAACUUAAACAACUGCGAUUGCUGCUUUUUGGGUACAGGGAAUGUAAAAUCUGUGUUUAACCUUUUUAUGCAGAAAGCUCAGGCAGAAUAUGCUGACUCAUUAACUUCCUUAGCUAUUUAUACCACAGGUUUUGUGGCCAAAAGUAUAUUUUAAGAUUCCUCCUCUUAUUUUUAUUUUUAAACUGUCUGUGUUGUUUAAAAUAAUCAUGUACUUGUUGAAUUCCUGAAGUUUUGAUCAAGUAAUAGAUAAAAAUUGGAAUACUUUAUUUCUGAAAAAGUGAUACAUAUAUGUCAUGUGUAUUUUUCCUUGAUUAGAAAAAGGAUGAAAUAGGAUAUAACAAAAUGCAAAAUGAAUUGAAAAUUUUUCUGUAUUUUGAAUUAAAGUUGUCUGUAAUAUGUCAAUCAAGAAUGUCAUAAUUUUGUGUCAUAUCUUUGGGAAAUGGAAUUGGGUAACCCAAACUUGUGUAAAUUUUAAUCAAAUAAUUCUAGAAAGAAAUUGGAUGCUUUCAUUAGCUGUUGCAUUUAUAACUGUUGCAAAUAUAGCUUUUGCCGUUUGUGAAUGUGAGAGAAAUGUCUUUAAAAAUAUGUUUAUGUGUAAACUCCGAGUAAUACUGGAAGAAUGACCCGUCUGUCUUAAAGUCACUUUUCAUGUUCUAAUUUUUGCUCUUGUAGUAGUUAUCUGUACACUUGUUCU